AAAAAAGUGGGAAAUUUUCUCCUUCUUUAUUUCUUGCUUUUUUUCCUUUUCAAUUCCCUCCCCCACAUUGUCAUGUGAAUCUCACAUGCACAAGAUUGUCCCCAUCAUACCGUCAAUACAAAUAGACAAGAAAGUUUGUUUUUCAAACUUGAAAGAGUUCAACUUUCCCUUCAUUUGCUAUUUUUCCUUCCCUUCACUCCUACAAGAAAAACUGCCUAGUUUUCCUUUAGGAGGGGUAGGGAUCAAAAUGGAAAACAGCAAGCUCCAAAAUUCAACUCACAAUUGGAGUCUUUUUCUUAUCCUUUUUCUUCUUCAAAUCUCCACCAUUUUAGCCAAAGCAGAUCAAGCUUUCGACUACGCCGACGCACUCGGAAAGAGCCUUCUCUACUUCGAAUCGCAGCGCUCGGGUCGCUUGCCGUACAACCAAAGGGUCGUUUGGCGUGACCAUUCUGGCCUCACCGAUGGCCUAGAGCAAGGAGUAGAUUUGGUAGGAGGAUACUACGAUGCAGGUGACCACGUAAAGUUUGGUCUGCCAAUGGCCUUCACCGUGACGAUGCUGUCUUGGGGCGUCAUGGAAUACCGGCAGCAAAUCGCCGACGCCGGCGAGUUGCGCCACGCCUUGGAGGCGAUCAAGUGGGGUACCGAUUACUUCAUCAAAGCGCAUACUAGCCCAAAUGUGUUGUGGGCAGAGGUGGGCGACGGAGACACCGACCACUACUGUUGGCAACGCCCCGAAGACAUGACGACUUCGCGGCAAGCCUACAAGAUCGACGAGAGCAACCCCGGGUCGGAUCUCGCCGGAGAGACGGCCGCCGCCAUGGCUGCUGCUUCCAUAGUGUUCAAGUCAACGAACCCGCAUUACUCUCACUUGCUCCUACAACACGCCCAACAGUUGUUUGAAUUUGGAGACAAGUACAGAGGAAAGUAUGAUGGGAGUGUGGGAGUGGUGAAGAGCUACUAUGCGUCGGUGAGCGGUUACAUGGAUGAGUUGUUGUGGGCAGCUUUGUGGCUGUACAAGGCCACCGACAAUGAAAAUUAUUUGAAAUACGUUAUAAACAUGGCUCAUGACUUUGGUGGAACUGGUUGGGCCAUAACCGAGUUCAGUUGGGACGUUAAAUAUGCUGGUCUUCAACUCAUUGCCUCUCAGUUGCUAACGGAAGGAAAGCACCAAGACCACGCUCGGAAAACACUCGAAAAAUACCGGUCGAAAGCCGAGCACUACAUGUGUUCAUGCCUCAACAAGAACAUCAACGGCACGAACGUCGAACGAACACCCUCAGGCCUAUUGUACGUAAGGCAAUGGAACAACAUGCAAUACGUUUCCACAGCUUCGUUUCUUCUCAUAGUCUACUCAGAUUACCUCAAAGCCUCAAACCAAAAGCUCACGUGCCAAGGAGAAGCAAUAAGCCAUGAAGAAGUGUUCACUUUUGCCAAAUCACAAGUGGACUAUAUUUUGGGCUCGAACCCACAAAACAAGAGCUACUUGGUGGGCUAUGGGCCCAACUACCCCAAAAGGGUUCACCAUAGAGGAGCCUCAAUUGGGUCGUAUAGGGAGAACAAAGGGUUCAUUGGGUGCACCCAAGGGUACGACAAUUGGUACGGCAGGGACGAGCCCAACCCAAAUGUGUUGGUGGGGGCAUUGGUGGGAGGCCCAGAUUGUCAAGACAAUUUUAGUGACGAGAGAUACAAUUACAUGCAAACUGAGGCAUGCACUUACAAUACGGCGCCGUUAGUGGGAGUUUUUGCUAAGUUGUCACAAUUAGGGGACCAAAAGUUGGGUGGUGAGAGGAGUUUGCCUUUGGUUGCUUCUUAUUGAGGAAAAUUAUCACAUUGGAUCUUACUAUGAGAAAUGAGCCCUUUUUUUAGUGCCAUUUUGUUAGUUGUGGGUGAACCAAGGUUCUCACCUCUACUUUUGUAUCCUUCUUCAUUGUUUCAAGUGUUUAUAAUACUAAAAUAUAAAGCUCAAAUCUGUUGUUUCACUUCCUUCCAAAAAGAAAGAAAGAAAAAAAAAUUG